AUGCUCGGCAUGGGACGUUCGUCGACGAACGGCGGCAGCGGUGGCGAAUUUAAUAUCGCAUUUGUUAAUGGACCGAUCAAAUUUAAUAGUGAAGAAGGAGUUUUAUACUCUAGACUCUUUCAUAUUGUAGAUACCGAUGAAGAUGGCUACAUUGGAGGUACAGAAGGUGCAGCUUUUAUUCGUCGUGCAAAUUUGAGGAACGAUGCCAAUCGAGAGAUUUGGCGGCUUGCAAGCGGUGGAAAGUCGCAGGAGAAAUUAAACAAGGACUGCUGGUUUGUGGCAAUGAAGCUGGUGGCGUUGGUGCAGAGCAGUGGCAAAUGCCAGAUGCAGAGUCUUUAUUCAGGAGAGCCUUUGCCAUUGGCGGACUUUCAACUUGAGCAGCCAGUUGACAAUGUGCUUCCAGAAGAAACGGCAGUAGACUUUAAACGAUCGUUUAACGUGUCGGUAAGCACACCCGUGAUCAUUGGAUCGGGGUACUCACGCUAUACACAGUACGUGAUUUUCACGAAGACGAGUUGCUUGCAUUUUUCGUGCACCACUGCUCAAGUCAAGCGGCGGUUUAGUGACUUUGAGUGGCUACAUCAGCGGUUUCUGAUGCAUUUUCGAGGAACUAUUAUACCACCGCUUCCAGAGAAGCGCUGGACUCGAAAUAUGGAUGCGACGUUUGUUGAAGAGCGCCGACAGGCCUUGGAGCAUUUCAUUAAUGAAGUUUGCACCCACGAAAAACUUUCGCAGUCGCUUGAGUUGCAAAUUGUCCUCACUGCUAGCACUGAGGGGCUGAUUGCUGGAAAAGAGUUGCUGAAAGUGGCAUCUAUUGCUGCCGCGUAUGUUCCGACUCCUGCUUCCAUCAGCUCCAUGUGGAGCACUCUGAAAGAUGGUGUGUUCCAAUCUUCGAACAUGCAGCAAGUUGAGAUCAAGACCGAUGAUGACUACGCGAGGAUUGGUCAGCAUAUGAACGAAUACGAAAAGCGAAUCCGAGAGGUGACGCGCUGUUCAGACAUUGUCUAUGCAGCUCAACGCAGUGAAGGAUACGAAAUGUCACGGUUUGGCAGCUAUUUAUCUGCUCUGUCGGAGCAUGAGAAGAAAGAUCGAGACAUGACACAGCUCACAGAGGUCGCUGGCGACCACUUUGAGACUGUGUCAAACAUUUAUCAGGAUCAGCUGGAUAAGUUGUUGUCAAUGUAUGUAUCGAUCGUCAGGUACCAGGCGGGUAAAGUGGAUGCUGUCAAGACUGUGAUGCACAACCGCGAGUCAGCUAUUUACGACGUCCAACAAGCGAAUGCAAGUAUGCAACGUAAUAAAGAGCGGUUUGCAGCUGCACGGGCGAGUAGUGGGGCAGCGGCAUCUGCCAUGCGAGCUGAGCAAAAAAUGGCAUCGGCGGAGGAUCGCAUGAACCAGGCCAAAGAGCAAGUUCAGUUCAUUGCAAACAGUUUGAAAGUGGAAACAAAGCGGAUGGAUACCGGAAAGACUGCGAAUCUGAAGACGGCUUUACUCGCGUUGGCGAAUUCGGAACUGGAUUAUCACGUUCAGUCUCGGGCAGCGUGGGAGGGUUUACGGUCGUUUCUUGAACUGAGCGAGGUCGAGGUUGCCGAUAGUCAACAGCGCGCUCAGGCACCAAUUACAUAUAGAAAACCAGGCGAAAAGAAUUUAGGUCAAAUCAUCGGUCUGUUGUGA